CGUCGAUUUUGAUGGCAGUGUGUGAAGGAGAGGGAGUGCUGAGGUUGAAGCGGGAAACAAUGGCAAUUCCCAUGUUGAGGGCUGCAAUGAUUUCUCAUUCUCAAUCUCAACCACUCAUUCAUUCCAUAUCUGCUAUUUAUGAAACCGCUAAGAGGAGGAAGAGAGUGGUGUUCUCUUCUUCUUCUUCUUCAGAACUUAACCCUGUAAUUCGGUCAGAGGUAUCAUUUUGUGUUGGGACUUGCCUCAUUCCACAUCCAAAAAAGGUUAACACAGGUGGGGAAGAUGCUUUCUUUGUGAGCAACUAUAAUGGGGGAGUUAUUGCUGUUGCCGAUGGUGUCUCUGGUUGGGCUGAAGAGGACGUGGAUCCUUCGUUGUUCCCUCGUGAAUUGCUUGCUAAUGCUUCCAAUUUUGUAGGAGAUGAGGAGCAGGUGAACUAUGAUCCUCAGAUUCUUAUUAGGAAAGCACAUGCCGCCACUUUCUCCACAGGCUCAGCUACUGUCAUCGUUGCUAUGCUGGAGAAGAAUGGAACUCUGAAGAUUGCUAAUGUUGGAGAUUGUGGAUUAAGACUCAUCCGUAAUGGUCAUGUAGUUUUUUCCACUUCUCCACAAGAGCACUACUUUGACUGCCCAUUCCAACUAAGCUCUGAGAGGGUUGGCCAAACAUACCUUGAUGCAGCGGUAUGCAAUGUGGAGUUGAUACAAGGAGACACAAUUGUCAUGGGAUCCGACGGGCUUUUCGAUAAUGUUUUUGAUCAUGAAAUUGUUCCAACCAUUGUUAGAUACAAAGAUGUUGCAGAGGCUGCAAAGGCAUUAGCUAACUUGGCAAGCAGUCAUGCAAUGGAUUCAAAUUUUGAUUCUCCCUAUUCGUUGGAAGCCAGGUCUAGGGGUUUUGAGCCACCCUUAUGGAAGAAGAUUCUUGGAAUGAAGCUUACAGGUGGAAAGCUUGAUGAUAUCACUGUAAUAGUUGGUCAGAUUGUGAGUUCAUGAGAUUUGCUAAUAAUGAAAGAAGACAAAGUCCUGAUUGCUGAGAUCACUAGAGAAGGGUUUGCCUUAAGUAUACUGCGGCAACUAAAUUUUGGUGAUGCUCUGAGAAAUAAGGAUCUAUUCAUUGAAGUGAGUUCUCCUGCUUUGCCUGUUGUGCUGCAUGCAUUGAGAAAGGCUGUCUGAGAUACUCAUUCAGAAAUAGUUUUGUUUGAGAUGUUAUAAUCUAAGAACUGUCUCUGAUACAUUGGAGAAGCAUGAUUGUGAAUAAUAGGAGAAAAAAAAAUCAACCAGUAACAGCAAA